AUGUUGGGCGAAAAGAAGAAGGCCACCAACCGCCUGUCGAGCCUCUUCUCCGUCGGAUCAUCCUCCGAGUCGUCGGCAGCCUCUAUCAAGAGCAGCCCGGCCCCGUCGUCAGAAUCAAGCAGCCGCUUCUCCAAAGUUCGCAACCGCAUCUCCUCUGUCAAUCUCCUCACCCCAGAACCCCCGCAACCCGUCGCCCCCAAGUCGCCCAAGUCGCCCAACCCGGCUUCUGUCGCAAACGCCAGCCUCCACCCCGUCGUCCCCGCUGAUCUCGAGCCCCUUGAGCCGCCGCCAUUGCUCGACGUCUCUUCGCAUCCAUCCACCCCGUCCAAUAGCCGCCCCACGACCCCGAGCUUAGACCCAAAUUCCGAGGGUCGGCUGAAAAAACUGCGCAGAAAAAGCAUCCUGUUUGGAGGCGGGCCGGCCAACGGAGCCGAUCCGGCCGCGCCAGGGAACGCUGCCAAUGGCAACCCGCCAGCAUGGAUUGUCGGACACAAGGGCAAGGUACCAUAUGAUCUCAAGGCGUUGCUGGACGGUGAAAAGGUGCCCGAGUUGUGGGACGAAACAGGAGAUACUUUUGUCUACCUCUUUCCCCGGACUUCUGAAAAAGGCGCUUCCUUCCGUAUCGACUCUUCUGUCUAUGCAGCUUCGCAGUUGCUCACACGCCUCGUGCACGGCAGUCUCUACAGUGACGUUAGCGCCAUUCCUCCUCUCGAGCUAGCCGAGAGGACGUCACGCCGCGUCUCUGGCGAACCCUGUCCCGACCACUCCAGGGCUGCAUCCCCCGAGCAGAGUCAAAUAGGAAGUUCCGACGAGUCCAAAGGCUCAAGAGCGCUCAGCGAUGCUGUAGAAGAUGACCACUCAGAGAAGCAUUUGUAUAUGCCCAUCUCACUAAGUUCAGACUCUGCCAUCACGCCACACGAGCCUAAGCUCAACACUCAGGACACUGAUACCUUGGUCACCUACCGCAAUUUCUUCGCUUUUCUCAUUGGGCAAUCGCUAGUUGCCACUGAACGCCAUUCGGAUAUUUUUGACAUUUUCCUGCGAAUAGGAGACAUAUUGUCCCACUAUGCCUUCUCCAACGUCGACGGUUCUACCUUUGGUGAAGUCGCUGCCUCGAGCUUUGACUGCUAUGUUGACGAGUUGGCACUGGCCGAUGUGCGACACAGCCGCGAGAAAACUAUUGAAGCCAUUGUCCUUGGCGAAAAGCUGCGUUCCAUGGCACUCUUCACUGAGGGCUUUGUUCACGCUGCCGGGAAAUACGACAGCAUCAAGGAAUACAACUCUCCAAAAUUCGCCAUGAUCAGCGCCAAGACGGCGACACGACUUCAGCGUGCUGCCAUGGAUCUCGACAAUCGAGAAGCCACCAUCAAUGGAAAGCUCAAAGACUUUGAAUUCCCGGCCAUCUUCUCCGGAAUCAUGAACAGUGCCAUGGCCUCCGAAGGCAAGGUCAUAAGCUUCAAGAAAUGGAGAGCUGCUUUCAACACAACCCGGUCGUUCAUUCUCGAUUAUUACAGGCACAAAUACGGCUCAUGGCUACCCAAGGCCAAGUCGAAGAAGAACGAUCUUACAACAGGUGGUCUCAAUCGACUGGUACUGUUGGAGAUAUAUCGCGACAUGUCUAGUCUCUAUGAUCUUCUCGUAGACAGGAAGAACCUAACGAAUCGCACGGCUGACGGCUUCAUUGCUGAGGAUGAGGGCACAGAUAUUAAAUCGGUUGUCUCACGUACGCUCAGGAAAGUUUUGAGCGAGUACGACCGCAGUACUCCGCCUGUGCAGCCACCCGUACCUUUCGAUCUACCACUGUAUCCCACAUUGCCAAACGCCAUGACUGGAAACGCAAAGCAGGAUGCAAAAGCGCGAGGAAAGAAGAUACACAAAGACGAAAUUGCCAAGCUGCUGAAAGAAUCGCACAACGCCGAUUCUGAACAACAGACGCCGUUCUUGGAUGCAUUCCGUGUGUUUGAAUCCAAGCACGCCGCGGGCUCUUCGUUGGACGAUCUUUGGGAUCUAAGGACAGGACAGUGGCUGUUCCUCUAUGCCGUCAUACAAUCGCUGCCCAUGUUACUAGUCGAUGCACCCGGUGUGAGAUUCACCGAAGGCGUCGAGUACUUUCUGUGUGAAGUACCUCGAAGCGGUGUGCCAUGGGCCCGUGAGGAUACGUUACGGACACGAACGUGGUUCGGUGUUGCGGGAGGCGCGCAGGUGGUUAGCUUACCCGCGGACAUUGUCGAACACGGAGUCGAAGGUGUAUUCCGGCGGUCCCACUGCUGGAAGAAGGCGCAACUUUGGGCGGCUGACGACACACUCUUGAAUGCUGCCAUGCAAGAGUUGAAUGGACAUGCUUCGCUCCUGCCGCCUCCUGGACUGCUCGAUCCUUCGGGGAGUAGCAUCCGUGACAGGUCUCAGAGCCCAGACAGACGCCGUGAGAGCGUCAUGAAUCUGGGACUCGAGGCGCUGCCGUUACCUCCAGGUGUUGCCCCACCCAUGUCGACCGGUUCACCUUCGCGAAGACCCGAAUCGAGCAGUGACCCGAGUAAGACGUUUGACGACAUAUUGGGAACUUCGCCUUCGAGCCCCCAGUCCAAGAAGAAGAAGAAGAAAUGA